AUGUCCUUCCUCUACAGCCAACUCUUCGUCAAGCCGGCGUACCCCACCCGGAUGCUCAAUGGCCAGACGGUCAUCGUGACGGGCUCCAACACGGGGCUGGGCAAGGAGGCGGCGCGGCACUUCGCGCGGCUGGGGGCGGCGAAGCUGAUCCUGGCGGUGCGCAACACCAAGGCGGGCGAGGCGGCCAAGGCCGACAUCGAGGCGACGACGCAGUGCGCGCCGGGCACGGUGGAGGUGUGGGCGCUGGACCUGGGCGACUAUGCUUCCGUCAAGGCGUUCGCGGCGCGGGCGGCGCGGGAGCUGGAGCGCGUGGACGUGCUGUGCGAGAACGCGGGCAUCGCGACGGACAAGAAGAGGGUGGUGCAGGGCCACGAGAGCACCAUCACCGUCAACGUGGUGUCGACGUUCCUGCUGGCGCUGCUGAUGCUGCCGCAGCUCAAGGAGACGGCGAAGCGGUUCGGCGUGCGGCCCAGGCUGACGGUCGUCGCGUCCGAGGUGCACGCGUGGUGCAAGUUCCCCGAGAGGGACGAGCCCAACGUCCUCGCGGCGCUGGACGCGAGCGAGGACCUGGGCGAGCGCUACCAGGUGUCGAAGCUGCUCGAGGUGCUCGUCAUCAAGCAGAUCGCGCCGCGGAUCAAGGGGGGCGUGACGCUCAACAUGCUCAACCCGGGGCUGUGCCACUCGGAGCUGUCGCGGGACUCCGGGCUGGGGCUGGCGGUGAUGAAGUUCUUCCUGGCGCGGUCGACCGAGGAGAGCCACGGCAAGUACAUGUCGGACGCGGUCGUGGCCGAACAGGGCCUGUCUGCGUUUGUGCGCAGCGAGGAGGGCGACAGGGCCGGGAAGAAGGUGUGGAAGGAGCUGAGCGACAUACUGGACAAGAUCGAGCCUGGUGUGACGGCGAAUAUCUAG